CUUCCGCCCCACUCACUUGUUGGGGUCUUGGCAGCAGAAUUAUCUGGAGCUUCCAGGACCACCAUGACUUGGACCAAGCCCUGCUGACUCUCACCCUCCUUUGGAAGAUCUGAGUUCUAUCUGUCACCACUUCGUUACUGCCAUAAAAACCAUUGAUUGUGCAGGGGGUCGCUCUGUCCUCUGAAUACGGGUGCUAGCAAAUUUUGGACAUUAUACAAUCAACACUACGUUCAUUUGACACAUGAUUUCAGGCUUGACCACAUGGCCACCCUGGAUGAGUUGAAGCAAAUGGUUAUGAGCCUCCGAGUGUCUGAACUCCAAGUCCUGUUGGGCUACGCGGGAAGGAACAAGCACGGCCGCAAACACGAACUUCUCACGAAAGCCCUGCAUUUGUUGAAGGCGGGCUGCAGUCCCGCCGUGCAGAUGAAAAUCAAAGAACUCUAUCGGCGGCGGUUUCCUCAGAAAAUCAUGACCCCUGCCGACCUGUCCAUCCCCAAUGUCCACUCGAGCCCCAUGCCAGCCACGCUGUCUCCGUCCACCAUUCCGCAGCUCGCUUACGACGGUCACCCUGCCACCUCACCAUUGCUCCCUGUCUCUCUUCUGGGACCUAAGCAUGAACUGGAACUCCCCCACCUCGCCUCAGCUCUUCACCCAGUCCACCCGGAUAUAAAACUCCAGAAAUUACCAUUUUAUGACUUACUGGAUGAACUGAUAAAGCCCACCAGCCUAGCUUCAGACAACAGCCAGCGUUUUCGAGAAACCUGUUUUGCCUUUGCAUUGACUCCCCAGCAAGUCCAGCAGAUCAGUAGCUCCAUGGACAUUUCUGGGACCAAAUGUGACUUCACAGUACAGGUCCAGCUAAGGUUUUGUUUAUCAGAAACCAGUUGUCCACAAGAAGAUCACUUCCCACCCAAUCUUUGUGUGAAAGUUAAUGGGAAACCUUGCAGCCUUCCAGGCUACCUUCCACCUACCAAAAAUGGUGUGGAACCAAAGCGACCCAGCCGACCCAUCAAUAUCACCUCUCUUGUCCGGCUGUCCACGACAGUACCAAACACCAUCGUGGUCUCAUGGACUGCAGAAAUCGGAAGAAAUUAUUCCAUGGCGGUCUAUCUUGUAAAACAGUUGUCCUCCACAGUUCUCCUUCAGAGGUUACGGGCAAAAGGAAUAAGGAAUCCCGAUCAUUCUAGAGCUUUAAUUAAAGAGAAGUUGACAGCGGAUCCAGACAGUGAAAUAGCCACGACCAGUCUAAGGGUUUCGCUCCUCUGUCCACUUGGUAAAAUGCGACUGACUAUUCCUUGUAGAGCAUUGACUUGUUCGCACUUGCAGUGUUUUGAUGCCACUCUUUAUAUUCAAAUGAAUGAGAAAAAACCAACUUGGGUUUGUCCUGUUUGUGAUAAGAAGGCUCCCUAUGAACAUCUUAUAAUUGAUGGUUUAUUCAUGGAAAUCCUGAAGUGUUGUACAGAUUGUGAUGAGAUCCAGUUCAAGGAAGAUGGGUCUUGGGCACCGAUGAGAUCGAAAAAGGAAAUACAGGAAGUGACCGCAUCCUAUAAUGGGGUUGAUGGGUGCUUGAGUUCUUCCUUGGAUCACCAGGUGUCUUCUCACCAGCAGUCCUCAAACAAAAAUAAGAAGGUAGAGGUGAUUGAUCUAACUAUAGACAGCUCUUCUGAGGAAGAGGAGGAGGAGGAGGAGGAGCCCUCUGCCAAGAGGACCUGUCCUUCGGUUUCUCCUGCAUCGCCAUUAAACAAUAAAGGUAGCAUUUUAAAUCUGCCUCACCAAGCAUCUCCCGUGUCAAGAACCCCAAGCCUUCCAGCUGUUGACCCAAGCUACAUUAAUACUUCUCUCAUACAAGACUACAGACACCCAUUCCAUAUGACACCCAUGUCAUAUGACCUGCAAGGAUUAGAUUUCUUUCCUUUCUUAUCAGGAGACAAUCAGCAUUACAACACCUCCCUCCUUGCAGCUGCAGCUGCGGCAGUUUCUGCAUCAGAUGAGCAAGACCUCUUACAUUCGUCACGGUUUUUUCCAUAUGCUUCUUCUCAGAUGUUUCUCGACCAGUUAAAUGCAGGAGGCAGCACUACGACUCUUCCAACCACCAAUGGAAGCAGUAGCGGCAGUAACAGCAGUCUCAUUUCCUCCAACAGCCUGAGAGAGAAUCAUGGCCACCCAGUUGCGAAUCGAAGCAGCACAGACACAGCAUCCAUCUUUGGCAUCAUGCCGGACAUUAUUUCCUUGGACUGACUUCCCCCACAACCCCCCUCCUUCCUCCCCACCCCCUGACUAAAUGAACUUGGCAGAAAGAGAACUUUGUGCUCUGUUUUACCUUAUUCUGUCUAGAAAAGUAGAUCAGUGUGGGUUUUUUUUUUUCCUUUUUUUAGGAAAAAAAAGUUAAAAGACAUGUACAGAGAACAAAACUAUAUUUUCAGUUUUACUUUUGUAUAUAAACCUAAGACUGCCUGUCUGGUAAAACUCACAAAAAAAAAAAAUACCAAAAACAAAAACCUAACAACCCCACAAAAC